AUGAAAGAAGGUUAUCUGUGGUUACACGUUGUGGCACUUUUGUGGAGCAUUGCCCUUGCCACGUUGUUCUGCCCGAUUGUUCUUGCAGCGGACCCGCCAGCGCCUGCGUGGAAGGCGGAUGGGUGCAGUGCUGGAUUUUCUUACUGCUCCAAUGUUACGACCAAAGAGUCAUGGUCCAGUGGGGAUAAGUUGAUCUACUUCUCUGUUGAUGCUGUUGCGGAUUCCAGUGAUUUUUAUGCCAAUAACGUGACAAUGUGGUAUGUUGGGGAGAAUUUUCAAAUUAAUUGGGCUAAUAGUCUAUUCCAAAAGAAAUUCAAUGUUGUGCGUUUCUCGCCCCGUGGAUCUGAAUUUGCAUACCCCCAAAUUACAUGCAAUGCAAACUACUAUGACAAGGCACAUUAUUGCUGGCCGAACGCAUCCUGUGCGGAGGAGAUUGCACGCUCUGGGCUGCGCAUGGAGCAUUAUUCCAUCACUGAAACUGCAAACGACCUUGCGUGGGUGCUGAAGACGUUGGGAAAGGGGAACCAGAAUGUGGUGGUGACGGAGGGUAUUGGCUCAUUUGUUGUGCAUCGAAUGUUGAAGCUGUAUAAUAAUCUUGAUAAUGUGUCUGUGAUCAUGGCAGGGUUUGGUCAUCCGGAGUAUUUUGAUAUAUUUGAAAGCAUCAUGGGGUAUGAUGAGACCCUUCAAAGACUGCUGCAGUACUGCGAGGAGGAUGAGGGGCUGCGGUGUGUUGCUCGCGUGGGUGCUGCUGAGGGCAUGUGGAAUCGCUUUGUGAAUGUCAUGACGGCUGCGGAGAUGAACACGUUGAAAUGCAACUCUCUUCUGCAAUGGGGCGUGCCACCGGCGGAGAUGCAUCGCGAGUACCGUGCGAUCACAGCUGCCCUUCUCAAAAACCCGCAACACUUUUUGAUGGAUAAUCGACGGGUGGUGGCGCAGUUGAUACCAUCUUUUAUUUAUCGUCUGCAGCGUUGCAAUGCGCAGGAUUUGGUGGCACUUCAGCAGUUGUACACGUUUGUGAAGUCGGGCCCGGCCUCGCAGUGCCCAGUGUUUGUGCCGCAGCGGUACAACUGGCUUGUGAAUGAACUCACGUUAACACCGCCCGCAGUCCCACCGCAGGAACUCCUCCAGGAGGCAAGGAAGGUGCGGCAGUUGCUGCCAAACAUAACAGUGCUGCAGCCGCUCUACGACCUUUACAAUGCAUUCCCAAAGUAUAAUGUCACUGACAGGAAAAUUGCGAGACCAGUGACGAAGAUGUUGUUUAUUCUCUCCGAUACUGAUCCUGUUUUUCCAUAUGGUGCCUCUGCACUGGCUGCCACAGCGUACCAAGGUAUUUACCGUUCUUUGCCGCAUCAGUCUGGCCUUCCCGUUGGCACCUCAGCUGCACACUGUAUCGAAGUCAAUUUGGACUACUUCCGCCAACAUCUUAAUUGGUCGGAUGCAACUGCUUGUACACUCACUUCUUCGUACAAGAUUGAUUUUAUCGGAAUGGACGCGCGGGAGUUUUAUGGAACUGUUGACGCAUGGGAAUUUACUAUACCAAACCCACCAGAGAAUGUGACAGACAAUACACCAACCACAACUACGGUGGCACCAAGUGGACCCUGCAAUGAAAAAAGCACCUCGAGUGGGGCGACGACUGUUCUUGCUGUAUUUCUUACAAUGUCGUUAAUAGCCCUCUUGGGUGUGGGGUAUCUCUACUGGAAGAGUACAAGAGUGAGGUUUUCUGAUGAUUUCUACACUAACCUCAGUCACUGA